AUGUCCGUGGAAACCAUAACGACGAUCUCUCCAAUUACGAACAAGCCAAUUUUAACGCGGAAUGGCCUGACGGACGCCGACCUGCAAGCCCUCCCCACAACCGCAACCGAAGCCUUCAAAUCCUACAAAAACACCCCUCUAUCAGAGCGGCAACGGAUAGUGAAGACAGCCCUACAGCUACUGAACGAGAGACAAGAUGAGCUCGCCAAAGAGCUCACGGAGCAAAUGGGACGGCCAAUUGCUUAUACGGCGAAGGAGAUCACAACCGCUGUAGCACGAGGGGAGUACCUACUUAAGAUCAGCGGGGAUGCGCUUGCGGAUACGGACGGCGAGCCUGAGAAGGGCUUCAAGCGUUACAUCAAGAAGGUCCCUGUUGGCCCGGUCCUGGUGCUGUUCGCUUGGAAUUACCCAUACCUUAUCCUCGUGAACUCCGUCAUACCUGCACUGCUAGCAGGGAACAGCGUCAUCAUCAAGCCUUCACCUCAAACACCUACCAUCGCGGAGCACUUCCAAGAGAUCUUCCAGGAAGCGGGCCUCCCGGAGAACGUCAUGCAGUACUUCCAUUGCGGUUCUUUUAUACAGCUGGAGACCUUGGUGAGAGCACCCGAGAUCCAAUUGAUCUGCUUCACUGGCUCGGUGGCAGGAGGACUGGCCGUACAGCGUGCAGCGAGCGACCGGGUGGGUGUGCGCGUGGGGCUUGAACUCGGCGGCAAGGAUCCGGCGUACGUCAGGCCGGACGUGGACGUGAAGUGGGCUGCGGAAAACAUAGUGGAUGGUGCGAUCUUCAACUCGGGCCAGAGCUGCUGCAGCAUCGAGAGGGUUUACGUCGCGCAAGAGGUGCACGACGAGUUUGUUGCUGCUGUACAGGAAGAGCUGAAAGGCUACAAGCUUGGAGAUCCGUUCGACAAGAGCACAAACAUUGGCCCAGUGGUGUCCAAAAGAUCGGCGGAAACGAUCCGGUCGCACAUCAAGGACGCGCUGGAGAAGGGUGCGAAAGACGCUACACCAGAGAACGAAUCCUUCAAGUCGCCCCCUGAAGACGGGAACUACGUCUCUCCCACUCUCCUCACAGGAGUCACGCACGAGAUGACCGUCAUGACAGAAGAGACCUUCGGCCCCGUCAUCCCAGUGAUGAAGGUCUCUAGCGACGACGAAGCCGUCAAGCUCAUGAACGAUAGCGUAUUCGGCCUUACUGCCAGCAUUUGGACCAAGGACGUUGAAGAGGGCCAUGAACUGGCGGACAACGUUGAGGCAGGGACGGUGUUCAUCAACCGCUGCGACUAUCCCAGUCCCGACCUUGCGUGGAUCGGCUGGAAGGAUUCUGGGAAGGGCCAAACACUGAGCAAGUUCGGCUUUGACCAGUUCGUGAAGCUGAAGAGCUACCACAUCAAGGACUACCCGAAGUAG